AUGCCAGUAUUGAUAGUGUUGGGGAUUUACUUCGCUCUCGUGAACCCGUUGCUCGAGGAGUUCUUCUGGAGGGUGUUCCUCCACAGAGAGCUUGGUCAAAGUUUUUUCCCUCAAAGUGUCCCUGAUGAAGAGGCGGAAGACUUCCUAGAUCUCGAAAACAACACCGGUGAGCGUUUUACUCUGGGUAAAUUUUUCCGAAAUUCCAUUUUCGAUCAUUAG